AUGCUGUUCGACAGAAGAGACAGACAAGAGCGACGCACUGCUCUAAUAGCAAGGUUGCUUAGACAAUACCAGGUGGACAUAGCCACAUUGAGUGAGACCAGACUUGAAGAUGAAACUCAACUGGAAGAAGUAGGUGGUGGCUACGCCUUCUACUGCAUUGGGAAACCGGAAAAUGCCCCAAAACACUCAGGCGUGGGAUUUGCCAUACGCACUCAGCUCGCAAGGCGACUAAAAGAGUGCAACGCAACAAUUGUCAGCGCCUACGCCCCUACAAUGGCAAACCCAGAUGAAGUGAUGGAAGCCUUCUACGAAGAGCUCAACCAGCUACUCUCAAGUGUUGACCGCAGAGACAAACUCAUCAUCCUUGGUGACUUUAACGCACGAGUUGGAGUUGACUACACCAUCUGGCCAAACAUUCUGGGUCGCCAUGGAGCUGGCAAGUGCAACUCCAAUGAUCUGAUGCUACUAUCUCUCUGCGCACAGCACGAGCUAACCAUCACUAACACUCUCUUCCAACAAGCUGACAAGCUGAAGAACACAUGGAUGCACCCUCGCUCCAAACAGUGGCACAUGCUGGACUACCUUCCAAUCAAAGAGGAAAUUCCCGACCCACCCACCAGAGACGAGGUUGCGAAAGCCCUCAAGCAGACAAGGUCUGGAAAGGCUCCUGGGGCUGAUGGCAUUCCAGCUGACGUCUACAAGAACGGAGGCCAGGCACUGCUGGACAAACAGACAUCCCUAUUCCAGGAGGUUUGGAAAGUUGCCAAGGUCACCCAGGACUUCAAAGAUGCUGCCGUCGUGCACAUCUAUAAGAGGAAAGGCGAUAAGACCUCAUGUGACAACCAUGGAGGAUAUCCCUCCUCUGCAUCGCAGGCAAGGUUUUGGCCCGAGUUGUCCUCAAUAGGCUAA